AUGUCCACCUUUGACGACACUGGAAGGCGCAUCUAUUCGGACCUGUUUACCGAGUGCCACCUGGAGGGACUGAAAAAAGAGUUGCAGUUGCGUGAGCAAAUCGUUCUGCUCAUCCAGCGGACCGAGCUGUGGGAGCUCGUGCAGCAGGUUUGCAGCGGCUUUCACGAGCGCUACUUACAGGAAGGAAACGAUCAAGAUUUACUGCUGGGACCGCUGGUACUGCCGCUGUACAUUGGAUACGCGCCACUGCGGAAGUUUGACGAAAAACUGCUCACCAACAUCAUCCAGGAACCAAUUCUAUACGAACGAAUUUUCCGUGAGGUCAUCUUAAGCAUUGCCAACACCUUCUUCAGCCGUCUCGAGCCACCCUUUCGGAUCCGCCUCGAGCAGGUCUACUGCAGGUUGCGACUGAAGCUGCCCUUGGAGGAACAAUAUCUGUUCCGCACUCACCCACAGAACGUUUCUAUUGGACUGACCGUGCUGCACGGCGUAGUGCAAGCCUUCAGUUCUGGCCAAAAGUACAUCCUCCAAUCGGUCUGGGUCUGCCCAGACGAUCCCUACUCGGUAACAAUCACGGGUGAGGUCAAACGAGUCCCAAAGUGCGACGAUUGUGGCUGCCCACAGCAGGAACAUCAACGCAUUCGAGCCGUGUCCGAUUUCUGCACCGUGCGAGUGUUCGACGUUGACAGUCUGCGUACACCGACCACCGUUGGGCGCAUCUUCCAAAGCAUUUCGGUCCGCUUGGCGGAUGAUUUGAGCCAGCAACUGCGGCUUGGUUACGAGUACGCUUUUACGGGAGUUUUCAAUUCGUUGAGUCAACUGUUCAACGCGUGGCAGGUGGAGAAGCUGUGA